UCCCAGGGCGCACGCGCAGGGCUCCUCCAGGCCGCGCGGAAGGGCGCGCGGGCGCGGCAGCCCCCUCCCCCACCUUUCGCUGCGCUCGGCAGAAACCCGUCGUCGGGGUUGCUUCGCCUGCUGUGGUCCGUCGUCGUCAUGGAUUCUCCGUGGGAUGAGCUGACCCUUGCCUUUUCUCGCACGUCUAUGUUCCCCUUUUUUGACAUCGCCCACUACCUGGUGUCCGUGAUGGCGCUGAAGCGUCAGCCGGGAGCUGCGGCAGUGGCAUGGAAGAAUCCUCUUUCAAGCUGGUUUACUGCUAUGCUUCAUUGCUUUGGUGGAGGAAUUUUAUCCUGUGUAUUGCUUGCAGAGCCUCCGUUGAGGUUUCUUGCAAAAAACACUAAUAUAUUACUGGCAUCUUCAAUCUGGUAUAUUAUAUUUUUUUGCCCAUGUGACCUAGUUUCCCAGGGCUAUUCUUUCCUACCUGUUCAACUCUUGGCUGCGGGAAUGAAAGAAGUGACCAGAACUUGGAAAAUAGUAGGUGGAGUCACACAUGCUAAUAGCUAUUACAAAAAUGGCUGGAUAGUCAUGAUAGCUAUUGGAUGGGCUCGAGGUGCAGGUGGUACUGUUAUCACGAAUUUUGAGCAGUUGGUAAAAGGAGGUUGGAAACCAGAAGCUGAUGAAUGGCUGAAGAUGUCCUACCCUGCCAAGGUAACCCUACUGGGGUCAGUUAUCUUCACUUUCCAGCACAUGAAGCUUCUGGCAGUAUCAAGGCAUAACCUUAUGUUCCUUUAUACCAUGUUUCUUGUGGCCACAAAGAUAACCAUGAUGAUUACAGAGACUGCUACUGUGCCUUUCGCUCCUUUUGAGGAUACAUUGAGUCGGAUGCUGUUUGGCUGGCAGCAGCAGUUUUCAUCAUGUGAAAAGAAAAGUGAAACAAAAUCAUCUUUUAAUGGUACUGGUUCAUCGACCUCAAAACCUAUAGCUGUUGCUUCAGAUACUGUUAAAAAGAAACAUACUAAGAAGUCUGAGUAAAUUUACUUUAUGAGCUCUAAAGGAAGAAAUUUUUUUUCUUAUCUACCUGUCUGAUUGUGAUAAAUAUUUCUGUGUAAAUGAUGUGAAAUAAAGAUUACAUAUAAGGAAUGGAGGUGACAAAAAGAAAGAACUUCAUUCUGUUUCAGGGAGAUUGUCUCUUUCUGGAUUGUAAUUCUUGAGUGUUUUGAGUGUAUCAUGUGAAAUUGUUUUCCUAAGUUAUAUAUAAAAGAUUCUGUUGAUUAUUUUCAUAGUUUUAUAUUGAUAAAGGAGGCUAGAUUUUUUCCUAAUGUUAGAAAAAGUAAACUUACUAUCAUUGCAAAAUAAUAAAAAUUAAAGCCUUU